GCCCCCGCCGCCGGGCCCCCGGGAGCAGCGCGCGCGACCCGCCUUCCCAGCCCGCCGCCGACUCCCGGGGAGGCUCCCAGGAGGGGACGGGAGAUGCUUAAAUAGGGCUCUGACAUUUGGCCAAGGGGAAGGCGGCUUUCCGGUCUGAAAGCCCUGCGCUCGGGUGAGCACCUCGCCGGGUGUUGGCGCGCGUGGAAUUCGCGGGCGGGAGCGUGGAAGGACCCAGAAGGAGCGCAGCUUGGCAGUGGAGUACUUUCCAGACGUGGACAUGGCACCCUCCAAGAAGGUUACCCUGUCCGUGCUGAGCCGGGAGCAGGCCGAGGGGGUUGGAGCCAGGGUCCGCAGGAGCAUCGGCAGACCCGAGUUAAAAAAUCUGGAUCCAUUUUUGCUGUUUGAUGAAUUUAAAGGCGGUAGACCAGGCGGAUUUCCUGAUCACCCACAUCGAGGUUUUGAGACGGUAUCUUACCUCCUGGAAGGCGGCAGCAUGGCCCAUGAAGACUUCUGUGGACAUGUUGGUCAGAUGAACCCAGGAGACCUGCAGUGGAUGACUGCGGGCCGGGGCAUUCUGCACGCCGAGAUGCCUUGCUCAGAGGAGCCAGCCCACGGCCUACAGCUGUGGGUUAAUUUGCGCAGCACAGAGAAGAUGGUGGAGCCUCAGUACCAGGAACUGAAAAGUAAAGAAAUCCCCAAACCCAGUAAGGAUGGUGUGACAGUUGCCGUCAUUUCUGGAGAAGCCCUGGGAAUAAAGUCUAAGAUUUACACGCGCACACCAACCUUAUAUUUGGACUUCAAAUUGGACCAAGGAGCCAAGCAUUCCCAGCCUAUUCCUAAAGGAUGGACAAGCUUCAUUUAUACCAUAUCUGGAAAUGUGUAUAUUGGGCCUGAUGAUGCACAACAAAAAAUAGAACCUCAUCACACAGCAGUGCUGGGGGAAGGUGACAGUGUCCAGGUGGAGAACAAGGAUCCUGAGAGAAGCCACUUCGUGCUAAUUGCUGGGGAGCCAUUAAGAGAACCGGUUGUCCAACACGGUCCAUUUGUGAUGAACACCAAUGAAGAGAUUUCUCAGGCUAUUCUUGAUUUCAGAAAUGCGAAAAAUGGGUUUGAAAGAGCCAAAACCUGGAAAUCAAAGAUUGGAAACUAGAGCACAAGAACAGAUCUCAUGCUUUUUAGAAUUUUGCCAGUUGUGGCAUCGUCCAUUCAGCACAUCGAGUUUCCAAAGCAUUCCACACUAAAGUGAUAACAUGUGAUAACGUGCAUUUGUAGCAAGGCACAUGAGAUAUUUCCUGGUACGUGCAAAUAAACCUAAUUGUUGCUUCUUUAAA